UUUCGGGAAAAACUUAGAUAUUCAUAUAAGAAUGCCUUUUGUUGAAUAUUUCGAUGCAGAUGCACUGCAUACUAUAUUCAGUUUGCUUUCUAAACAACUUUUCAUUUAUUUCUGGAUAUUUAUUCUGCAUUUGUUUCAGAGAUUUGCAGUCAGGUUUCAUUCAAAGACAGAAGAAUUUCUCUUUGAAAAUGGCCAUUCAUCAAAAGAAAAUCAUAAUCAUUCCAAUACGAAAAUUAUUCGUGGACGAUGCGAAUGGGUACUCAUUUUAUCAAAUUUUGGGUGAACUACCGAAAUUCCAAGGCAGUAGCAAAGGCAAAGGAAAGUUUGUCUUAACAUUACAAAAGGAAGUUUCAAGUGAACGACAAAAGGUAAAACAUGGAAAUUUCGACUACAAUGGAUCAGUUUUGAAGAUUCGGCCGAUUCAGAAAUCAGAUGUUGAAUGAUUCCAAAUGAACCAGGAAUGAAUAAGGUUGUUUAGGGUCCAUUGUCCUCCUAAAUAGGUUACAUAAUAUAUGUAUACUAUUAUAUCC